CCAGUCAAAUACACACUCCCCGUUUACCUCUUCUCCAUCCCCUAUCUAGCUACAUCCCUAUAUUACCAACACACCGUACGUUCUUCCACGCAACGAAACACCACGGCCACCACCCACCCACGGGUCGAUCGAUCGAACGUACGUCGCGAUGCAUCUACAAGCGCUCUUCUCCGUCCUAGCAGCAACAUGCUUGGUGCUGCACCAAUUGACGUUGCCGGCGUCGGCGGCCGUGGCGACGUGCGCGCCCAAGGCGUGCGGGAACGUGACGAUCCAGUACCCGUUCUGGCUCACGGACGCCGCCCAGCCGGCGCCGUGCGGCCCGUCGGCGUUCCAGGUGGACUGCCGCGGCGGCCGCGCGUCCCUGGCCCGCUCCUUCCGCGGCGGCUACAAGCUCCUCCGCGUCUCCUACGCCGACCGCGCCGUGGUCGUGGCCAACGACAACGUCCAGACGGACGACGCCGGCUGCCCCGUGCCCAAGAUCGACGUCUCCGCCAGCCUCAGCCUCGCGCCCUUCUCCGCCAGCACCACCAACCGCCAGCUCCUCUUCCUCUUCAACUGCACGGCCCCCGCGGCGACGGCGGGGUUCGUCGACGUCACGUGCCCCGGGACGGCGGCCGUGGUGCGGCUCGACGCGCGGUACAACACCACUGAGGCGAGGGCCGUGGCCGGCGGGUGUGACUACGCGGUGGUGCCGGUGGCCGGGUCGUUGUCGCCGGGCGCCAGCGCCGGGGUGGAGUACCCGCGGCUGCUCAGGGAAGGGUACCUGCUGCAGUGGAGGGCGUCGGCCGGGGACUGCGGCGCGUGCGGCGCCAGCGGCGGCCAGUGCGGGUACGACUCCGACGCCGAGGCCUUUGCGUGCGUUUGCGCCGACGGAUCAUCGCGCCCGGCCAGAUGCGAUGGGAAGAAAUCCAGCAACAAGGUCAUCCUGAUAGCAUCAGUGUCCGCCACAGCUUGCUUGAUCCUGCUGGUGUGCCUCGUCAUGGCCUUGAAAUUUCAUCGACAAAUCCGCAGCAUGAGUUUUGUAUCCAACAUCAUGGACAAAAACAUCAAAGCUGACAAUGCAAACGUUGAGAAGCUGCUCAAGAAGUACGGCUCCCUGGCUCCCCGGAGGUACAGGUACUCGGAGCUUAAGAAGAUAACCAGCAAUUUCAAGCACAAGCUCGGCGAAGGCGGCUACGGCGCAGUGUUCCUGGGCACUCUGGGUGAUCGGCGGGCGGUCGCUGUCAAGUUCCUGCACCACUCCAGGCCCAACGGCGAGGAUUUCCUCAACGAGGUGAUCAGCAUCGGCCGGACGUCCCAUGUCAACAUCGUCACCUUGCUUGGGUUCUGCCUCGAGGGCUCCAAGCGUGCCCUCGUCUAUGAGCACAUGCCGAACGGCUCCCUCGACAAGUACAUCUACUCGUCACCGUCGUCCAAGCCGGAGUCCCCGGUGACAAGACUCGAGUGGGAGACGCUUCAGGAGAUCGCGACGGGGGUGGCACGGGGGCUGGAGUACCUGCACGAAGGGUGCAACACGCGCAUCAUCCACUUCGACGUGAAGCCGCACAACGUGCUGCUGGAUGAAGGGUUCCGGCCCAAGGUGGCCGACUUCGGCAUGGCCAAGCUGUGCGACCCCACGGAGAGCAUCCUGUCCAUGGCCGACGCCAGGGGCACCGUGGGGUUCAUCGCGCCGGAGGUCUUCUCCCGGGGGUUCGGGGUCGUGUCCGCCAAGUCCGACGUCUACAGCUACGGGAUGCUGCUGCUGGAGAUGGUCGGGGGCCGGAGCAACGUCAAGGCCUACGCCGCCGCCAAGGAAACCGACAUGUUCUUCCCGCUCUGGAUCUACGAUCACCUGCUCGGCGACGGCGGCGUGCUGGUCGCGCGACAGGACGGUGGAGGCGACGCCGAGGAGGAGACCAUCGCGAGGAAAAUGGCGUUGGUCGGGCUGUGGUGCAUACAGACCGUUCCGGCGAACCGGCCGUCGAUGGCCAAGGUGCUCGAGAUGCUGGAGAGGAGCAUCGACGAGCUGGCCAUGCCGCCGAGGCCGUACCACCCUUCUUCUCCUUCCAAUUCUCCUUCUCUGUCGCACUCACUGCCGUCGAGCUAUCCAUCUUCUGCAUCGGGCUACACUCAAGGAUCAAGAUCGUUUACAACAGAGAGCACAAAAUAACUAAAAGUCUGUUGUACAGUCAGCAGAAAAAGAAGCAGGGAUGUCCCGUGAGCAAAGUCAACGUUAGACGUUCGUAACCAUUCUUGAGUUGUAGCCAAGAAGUUCUUAAUUUGCAUGCAUGGAGGGGCGAUGGACAACAGCAAUACUACCCAGCGAUGUCCGCAUCUCCGUGCGUAUUGCUACAUAUAUAGAUCCAAUUAUUAUUGAAGCCCGAAGGAAUAUGUGAUUUGUCCUUUAAAUAGUUAAUACCCCAUAUGUGAGAAAUACAUAGACAACUUAAUCGUACUUAAUGGUGGUGUACCAAUUAUAAUCAACUAAAUUAUGAGAGAUUUGUGUUU